UAAACAAAAUGGUGGGCGAACCGUCGCUUUUGGCUGAAAAGAAACGAAGCUACAACGCUACAAAGAUAAGGCAUUGCAUCAUACUUUCCACAAUGCAUCUUUGAGAUUGAGUGAGACAUUUGUUUGUUGAAAUAUCGCGAUAACUCGCCUAAAACGCGAUGAAAAUUUACGAAAUCAACACAAAAAUGCAGUUAUGGCAGUCGAUAUACUUGCAUAUCUUUGUAUGUGCUCUGGAAAUUGUGUCAUCAACAGGACAAGUUAGGUUUGGAUUCAAAAGUUCAACCUACACCGUUGGUGAGGCAGAUGGUAAAUUGCAAGUUUGUCUUAAUGUUAGCAAUUUUGAUGGGACUUCUUUUUCAGGAACAUUAACGUUCAGAAAUGGCACUGCAACAAGCGGAGAAGAUUAUUCAGAUGAUGAGAAAUCUGUUGGAAUACAAAGUUUUAUUCAAAAAACUGAUUGCGAAAAUAUUGAUAUAAUUGAUGAUAACAGUUAUGAAGGCAGCGAAAAUUUUACAGUUGUUUUGAUGUUAAAUGACCCCAACGUUCAAAUUACUAUUGGCGAAGCGACAGUGACUAUCACAGAUAAUGACGCUGCCCCCCCGCCCCCUGUUACAUUUGGAUUCCAAAGCUCAACCUACACCGUUGGUGAGGGAGAUGGUCAAUUGCAAGUCUGUCUUAAUGUUAGCAAUUUUGAUGGGACUUCCUUUUCAGGAACAUUAACAUUCAGAAAUGGCACUGCAACAAGCGGAGAAGAUUACAAAGUUUUAGUAGGUUUUGACAAAGAUGUUGGAAUUCAAAGUUUUAUUCAAACAACUGAUUGCGUUGAUAUUCCGAUAAUUGAUGAUAACAGUUAUGAAGGCAACGAAAAUUUUACAGUUGUUUUGAUGUUAAAUGACCCCAACGUUCAAAUUACUAUUGGCGAAGCGACAGUGACUAUCACAGAUAAUGAAGAUUUUGACGAAUGCAUUGCAAAAUCUCAUAAUUGCCAUCAGAACGCCUACUGCAGUAAUACUGAUGGUUCUUUCAAUUGUUCAUGCAUGAGCGGCUACUUCGGAAAUGGAACUGACUGUGAAGAUAUCGAUGAAUGUGACGCGACUUCUCAUAAUUGCCAUGACAAUGCAUACUGUAACAAUACUAAUGGAUUUUUCAAUUGUACAUGUAAAAAAGGCUACUCAGGAAACGGAACUGACUGCAGAGAUAUCGACGAAUGCUUUGCAAAAUCUCAUAAUUGCCAUCAUAACGCCUACUGCAAUAAUACUGAUGGUUCUUUCAAUUGUUCAUGCAAGAGCGGCUACUUCGGAGAUGGAACUGACUGUGAAGAUAUCGAUGAAUGUGGUGUGAGUCCUCAUAAUUGCCAUGACAAUGCAUACUGUAACAAUACUAAUGGAUCUUUCAAUUGUACAUGUAAAAAUGGCUACUCAGGAAAUGGAACUGACUGUAGAGAUAUCGACGAAUGCAUUGAAAAAUCUCAUAAUUGCCAUCAUAACGCCUAUUGUAACAAUACCGAUGGUUCUUUCAAUUGUUCAUGCAAAAGCGGCUACUUGGGAAAUGGAACUGACUGUGGAGAUAUCGAUGAAUGUGGUGUGAGUCCUCAUAAUUGCCAUGACAAUGCAUACUGUGACAAUACUAAUGGAUCUUUCAAUUGUACAUGUAAAAAUGGCUACUCAGGAAAUGGAACUGACUGUAGAGAUAUCGAUGAAUGCAUUGAAAAAUCUCAUAAUUGUCAUCAUAAUGCCUACUGCAAUAAUACCGAUGGUUCUUUCAAUUGUUCAUGCAAAAGCGGCUUUUUGGGAAAUGGAACUGACUGUGAAGAUAUCGAUGAAUGUGGUGUGAAUUCUCAUAAUUGUCUUUUCGACGGCUACUGUAAAAAUACUGAUGGAUCUUUCAAUUGUAUAUGUAAAAAAGACUACCCAGUAAACGGAACAGACUGCAGAGAUGUCGAGCAAUGCAUUGAAAACUUGACGAGGGCUAUCGUUGAAAAUGAUGCCAAUUUGGCUGGUUCCGUUAUAGUUAGGGUAGUUAUUAUGAAUCGUGAAUAUCAGCUGGGAUUUAAUAAUCGUUCAAGCUUAGAAUACACAAAAACCGCUCUGGAAAUGUGUUUGACAGGCAUCAACAUAUUCAGAAGUGCGAACCUCACUUCGCAAAUUGCUUCAUUCUUCGUUGCAAAUUUAACUAAUGGCUCUCUAGCUGUCGACAUCGUCCUAACAUUUAACGAUGUAACUGGAAUUACCUACGAAGAUCUUCAAAGAGAAUUAGCCGCAACAUUGAUCGUAACAAACAGCGGCACAUUUCUUCCUGGCACCAACCUACAACUCAGCGCUAACACUGAUCCCGCUAGCACUGAAUUGGCUGGUCUUUUUAUAUUUGAAGAUAUCGAUGAGUGCAAACCUGCACAAAUUAUUCAAGCCCCUGAUUGCGGUGAAAAUGCAACAUGCGUCAACAGAAAUCUUACUUACGAUUGUAUCUGUAAUGAAGGCUUCGUCAAGAAUGGCAGUGAUUGUAUUGUUGCUCCAAUCUUUGGAGUCGACAAAAGUGUAGUUGAGGACGUAAAACAUGUCCUAAGAGUGGUGUUGGGAUGGCUUGGGCUAUGUUUUGCGGUUGCGUUGGUAAUUGUAAUAAUUACUGGUUUUAGGCUCUUGGAAAAAAAUAGGCAAUAUGAUUUGAAACCACGAGUGAUCACUGCUCCAGCACACCGUCCCACAUUUAAUAAUCUUUAUUAUGGCAAUGAAAACUAUCCUUUGUGAUGUAAAAGAGGAACAGACAAUUUUUCUACACGUACCGUACAUCAUUUGUAGCUCUGGGUAUCAGGGCCUAGACUAGAUUCAAUAGCUAUGUGUUACAUAUUUAUAUUCUCACUUUGCCGGAAUUCUUUUGGACGUCGUAUAUUAUCGAGGUAGUUUCGACCCUACUUGGAAUCAG